AUGAGCGACUCAGAGGAACACGUGGAAACACACAAACCCACGCCCUCCACCCCCCCGGGGGUACGGAAAUAUCGCAUGGCACCAGAACCAGGAGCUGCCAGGGUGCACCAUGGGAAGGCAGAUGAUCCAGAUGUGGCCAGCACUCUUGUUCAUGGCAUGAGGAACAUCCCAUGUCCUACUGUCAGGAGCUUGAUAAAUCCUCCCCUGAAGACUGUGUUCCAAAGUAAGCUCCUCGAGCUCCGUGAAGCAGAUACUCAGAUGGGACCUCCCCCCUCGAAUAAUGAAGAGGCUCCCUUCGGUGAUAAAACAAUUUGGGAUCACGAUAUGUGGGAUAUUAUUAACCCUCCAAAAACAGCCGAGCAGAUUGAAGCGGCUGCUCAGUUGGGGCAUGAAAAUUAUAUCCGCACCCACAAUGCCUAUUUUUCUGGUGAGCAGAUUGACAGGAAGUACAACUGGGGUCAGGAGACUAAAGACAGCAGGUUCGGGAAGGCCACGCCUCAUCAUGACGACGGACGCACUGCCGGCAAAACUCUGUGCUGGUACGGGGAGUCACGGAGGUUUUACAAUCCAAAGACUGUUUGGACAAGAUCUGGGGACAAGGACAGGAUGCAGCCAAAUUCUGACAAAGCUAACAAGAUGAGAAGAAAUCCCUUGAAUGUCUCCCAGGACCACAUCUUUGGACUGCCCAAGCCGCUGGAUGAAUUCGGUGCUGGAGAGGUCAUCCACUCCACGGAGCCCGGGCAGUACGUGAGGAUCCCAGGCCGGCAGCACAGCCUGGUCAGCGCAGUGCGAAUCCAUCUCAAGAGGCUCAACUUCCAGAACUUUCCCUCCCUGCUGCAGGCGUUCAGGCACUAUGACAAGAGCGGGAAGGGGAUGAUCAACAGAGACGACCUUCUGGCAGUUUGCCGUCAGUUCCAUCUGGAGGUGGACGAGUCGGUGGUGGACGACCUGAUCAAUUACUGUGACACCGACAAGGACGGACACAUCAACUUCCUGGAGUUCGCCAACUUCCUCAACUGGAAGGACAGGAUGCCAAUCGACGCUCGGGAUCGAUACAUCAUGAUGAAUGACAUGACGUCUCUGUCCCAAUCAGAACCGCUUCCUGCCGCUCAGGCCUUGAUUAAACCUGAAGACAUGGAGCCUGUGGGGCCAGACAGCACAAAGACGACUGUCAGGACCCUGAGGCGACUCCAGGAGGCCCCCGACCACUUCAUCACCUCCGCUUCCUUCAUCGGGGGAAACAGGGACCGUCCUCUCACACCAAACAGUCGCACAUAUGGAGUCCCGUCUGUGCGCUCCGACCUUCCGGCUCCGCACAUCGCCCGAGUCACCGACCGCAUCAACUACGGUGAUAAACCCUCGGUGGCAGAUCUCCUCAAUCCGUCGGUGGCCGCCCUCCAAGGUGCCUUCAAGGAACACUUCUUCUGUCCUCGCACCAAGGAGGAGAUCGCAGAGAUCUUCAGGAAUGUGGGCGUGGACAUUUCGGAGGACACCUUCGAGGAGGCCUGGUACCUGGCGUCCAUGAGGCAGCCGGACGGGGACGUUUGUGUCCAGGGUUUCAGCGACGUCCUCAAGGAAAUACAGGCCAUGUGA